AUGCGAUAUUUUUAACCUGGUACUUUUAUUUUUUUAAGCCGUACUUCGGUUGUCACGUUGUUUAUAUUUUAAUGUACACUAUUCGUAACGAAGUUGAGUCCGUGGCCUGAAGAAAACGACAUGUCUACAAAGAAACUGGCGAAACAAUUGGGGUUCGUGAGGAAACGCAGUCAGUCAUCAACUGGACAGAAGAAACCACUAACAUCUAAUCAAAUAUUCCCAUAUCUGAUUGUCAUCGACUUUGAAUCCACAUGCUGGAGAGAGAGGAACAGCUACGGGCAGGAGAUUAUUGAGUUUCCUGCUGUUCUCCUGAACACCUCUACAGGCGAGGUGGAGUCAGAGUUCCAUACGUACGUUCAGCCGCAGGAGCACCCGGUACUGUCUGACUUCUGCACCGAGCUCACUGGAAUCACACAGCAACAGGUGGAGGCCGGGGUUCCCCUCCACAUCUGUCUGUCUCGGUUCUCCCGAUGGCUGCAGACUCUGGAGCACCAGAGGGGUGUGGUCUUCCCCAGGGACCAGAGGGCUCCAGUCGCAGAGCACCGCCCCUGUGCCUUCGUCACCUGGUCAGACUGGGACCUGGGGGUGUGUCUGCUGUAUGAGUGUAAACGGAAGCAGCUCCACAAACCUGCUGUUCUGAACAGCUGGAUAGACCUGAGAGCUACGUACAGACUGUUCUACAACAGAAAACCCAAGGGACUGAAUGGAGCUUUACAGGAUCUAGGGAUACAGUUCUCUGGACGGGAGCACUCAGGUCUGGAUGACGCCCGUAACACUGCCCACCUGGCCUGGAGGAUGAUGAGGGAUGGCUGUUUGAUGAAGAUUACACGCAGUCUGGAGAGGGCGCCUUUGAAGACCAAACCCCUGUUUGGAAAUGGGAACGUGCCAGGGGAUGGUUGUCCUGGCAACAAGAGGGAUAACAAAACCACUAUCAAAAACCCCUCCGAGACGACAGAGAGCGGCGGCGGCGGCCAUCUUGAAAAUCGACCCAACAGCAAGCCAGCUAGCAACACGGACGUUGUUGAGACACGACCCAAGCUUUCAGACAACAUGGUUCCCAACACAGAGGUGAACUCCAACUUAACCGCUGAACCUGUUCAGUAUCAGAGUAUUGUUUCACCAAAGACCCUUCUCAAUGGUCUGACCACUCCAAUGUGUGGUGGUAGUAGCAGAACAGUUAGAAUAGGAACCAUCUCCUCUCCUAUGACUUUCAAUAUCCCCUCUCCUCAUCACUACAUCAACAGCCUCGUUCUGGUCUCCACCACUGUGAAUUGCAUUACCCAUCUACCCCAGCCAGACCCGACCCGUGACCCGCAAACAGGAAGUAUGGAGGAGGACGUGCCUAUCUCGUGCGGUUCGUAUGACGACGUGGUAUUGGAGGAGGACUGGGAUGUCACGGUUGGUGACGAGGCUUCUGUUGCUGAUGUGUACACAGAGAACGAGAGCGUGGUAUUGGAGGAGGACUGGGAGGUCACGGUUGGUGACGAGGCUUCUGUUGCUGAUGUGUACACAGAGAACGAGAGGUUUGAGGUGGUUUAUGGGAGGACCUUGCUGUGUCCAAGCCCAGUACAUUCAAAUCCUGGUAGAGGUCCAACCAACAGUAGGCCUAGGUCCAAUACCACCAACACGCCCUGCCAACAUCUGACCAGCCUGAUACACAAGACCGAUACUAGAACAUCCUCCAGUAACUUGGUGUCUUUGAAGGCUGAGACAACAAGGACCUACAACACCUCUGCACCCAACAGUCUGUCCACUUCCUCUUUUGUCACACCCAGACCCGUUACCCCUGGCUCAAACCUCUCAGAUACACGGUCAAGACUGAACACGGAAACGUCAAACUCCUUUGUGAUCGACAAGAACAAAUCAAGAACAUCCUCAAGUUCUGCACAAGCUGCGACAACGAGGAUAUACAACACCUCUGGGUCAAACAGUUCAUGCAGUUCCUCCUUCGACAAACCCAGACCUGUUACCCAUGAUUCUACACGGUCAAGACCGCAAAUGGCAACAUGGAACAACUCCUUUGUGAUCUACAAGGACAAGCCGAGAGCCUCAAAUACCUCUUCCACAUCCAAUACCUCAACAGCAUCCAAUACCUCAACAGCAUCCAAUCAUUCCUUUGUCAAACCCAGACCAGGCCUCCAGAACUCCAACCUCCAUGCUACACGGUCAAGACCUCUCACAACAAAAAACCCUGGUAACUCCUUCACACCCAUGUCCUCUACGACAAACCUUCCCAAUCCUUCCGUCACUAGACUCAAACCAGUGACCACCAGCAGUGCCUCUAACCUCUCUGCUUCAAAGACAACAAACGGCUCUGCAUCCAGUCUCUCCUUUGCCAGGCCCGGACCUGUCGUCCAUCACCCCGACCCAUUGACUUCACGUUCGAGGCUGCACGCAGAGACGCCAAACACAUCUUUCACGAUCCACAAGUACUCCUCUUGCCUCUCCUCUGUCUCUCGUCCUUCUGUCGGUGGAUCGUUUUCCGUCCUCUCCUCGUCCGUUAACCGCUCCUCGCUCCCGCCGACCCGCAGCACCAAGAUCACGGCCCCGCUGUGCGACUGCGGGCGGCGAGCCAAGCGUCUAACGGUGUGUAACGGCGGCCCGAACCAAGGCCGAGCGUUCUACUGCUGUACGGUGCGUAAACACGGCCCCGGGGGGACCAGGAAGGGAUGUGAGUUAUUUAAGUGGGAGUCUGCUCUCCUCCAGGCUAAAUCACCAGCCUCCGCUGCCAACUCCAUCGCUCUGCGUUUUGGGCUCAACUCCAGUGUUGUUCGUCCCCCUGUCGUCGUCUAGGACGAGAUAUCAGUUAGCUUGAGGUCAUAGGGAGACUCUCAAUAGCAUUUCUUUCUCAUCCAAUGGGUUCGGGAGGACACAAGGAAUCAAGGAAAUGUAAUUGAGAUUCUCCUCACAAAGGUGUCAUAUUUUAAACUGUACUUUAUGAAAAUAUGUAUGAUGUUGUUUUUUUGUGAGUAUAUGAUUUAUGUCCACGUACUAAAUCUGGUGCAUUCAUUGACCAAUAUCCUGUACAGUUAUUAAAUAGAAUUGAUCCUCCAUAAUGUGAGAUGACAUGAUGUCAUAAUGAAAUGUGAAAUACCUUUUUUUUUAGGUCGGCACUGUCAUAAUGAAAGAUGUGAUGAAUUG